AUGGGAGGUGAGGAUCGAAGCCCCAGCCGCGGCAAGGACCGAAGCCGCAGCCGCGACGGGAACCGCAAGGACAGUCGGAGCCCGAGCAGGAGCCGCAGCCGCAACAAGAAACCCGAGGACCAUGGCGUCGACACCAUGAAGAUCACGGAUGACGAUGCCGCCUUCAUCCUGGGCAAGGGUGGGAAGACCAAAGAGAAGAUCUCCAAGGUUUCCGGCGCUGAAAUCGAGCUCUUCGAGCGGGACCUGAUUCUUGAGAUUCGCGGCUCGAAGUUGUGCAGACGGCGUGCGAAGAAGUACUGCAAGGGAGUGAUGGACCAGCGCACCGGGCCGGUCAACGUCACGGAGCACGACGACGACGAUGACGACCUGACGAUGAUCAGUGUCCCACAGGAGGCUGUCGGUUUUGUCACCGGAAGGGCCGGUAACUUCCUGCGCACCAUCGAGGAGGAGUGGAACACUUUGAUGUUCUUCUGUGAAGUGGAUGGCUCCCGUGGGCGUGGAAAGGAUUACGAGAAGCUUGCCAUCUUUGGCACAGUGCGAGCGCGGCGCGGUGCGGAGCUCAAGGUCCUCAGUGCCGUGGAGACCAAGGUGCCCGGCUACUUCGACAAAAUUCGGAACGAGGUUGUCGACCGCGACAAGGGCAAGGGAGAGGACGGUACCUGGGGUACUGACACGAUGACCUUUCAAGACGACGAACUGUCCUACGCCCUUGGCAAGCAAGGCGGCACCAGGAAAAAGCUCGAAAAGGCGUCUGGUGCAGUGGUGCAGUAUGUUGGUCAGGUUGCCCUCUUCUCUGGGGAGAAGCACCUGCGCAGAAAAGCAAAGGAAUACAUGAAGUGGCUUUUCGACCAGUUGGAGGGUCCAGUCUAUGUGAAUGGCUGGGAAGAGCGUGACGACUGCACCGUGGUAGAUGUGCCAAGUGAGUGCAUCGGCUACGUCACUGGUGCUCGUCGUGCCGCGCUGGGCAACAUGGAGGAGGAGUGGGGAACACUCAUGUUCUUCAUGAACAAGGAGGCUCAAAAUGGUGGCGGCAAGGGAGCACGCGGAGGCCGUGGAACGUCGGAGCAGCUGGCGAUCUUUGGCGCCCGCCGCGCACGCCGCGGAGCUGAGCUGAAGAUCAUGAGUGCCGUGGAAACGAAGAGCCCCGGCGUCUUCACACGCGGUGUCCGCGAGAAGUUCAGCUCUGAGCGGGGCUUUGCGACGGAUCGCUUCAUUCUGAAGGAUGAUGAGCUGAGCUACGCGCUGGGGAAGGAGGGCGCCACCCGCAAGAAGUUGGAGUUGGCUUCUGGAUCCAUCCUUCAGUAUGUGGGGCACGUGGCCUUCAUCGCUGGUGACCUGAAGGAGCGCAAGCGCUGCAAGCAGUUCAUUGAUUGGCUGUUGGCUCAGCGCCGCGGGUCCGUGACCGUCUCGGAUGUUGCUGACAGAGAGGACUGCACGGAGAUGCACAUUCCGGAGAACUGCAAAGGCUGGGUGACCGGCAACAGGGGCAGCGAGCUGCGGCGCGUGGAGCAGGCCACGGGCACCUUCAUGUUCAUGGCCCUGGACCGGCACGGGGAGGAGCGGCUGCUGAUCUUCAGUGCCAAUGGCGGCUCGAAGACCGCAGACGGUGGGCGAAUGCACGCCGAGCGUCUCAUCAACGAGAUGGUGCAGGAGAAGCUCCGCGGGGACUCUCGCGGACGCAGCCGCUCGGACUCCAGGAGGAGGGGGCGGCGGGACUCCCGACGCAGGUCUAACAGCCGGCGUCGUUCGCCCAGCCGCCGUCGCGACUCGCGGUCCCGGUCCCGCCGAUGA